AUGGGGGCAAGAUAUUUGUCUUGCUCAAAGACAGCCCAGACAGAUACUCACCAGGGACUAGCUCGAAUCCAUCCCAGCAAAGCAGCGAGUGCGUGCCCAAGAGGCAGCCCUGAGAGCUCGUUCACCGCUCGGCCUCACCUCGCCGCUGGCCUGUCCCCACGGGCCUCGGCUCUGAGCUCGGCCGGACUCCUGGACCCAGCCGUGGCCGGGGCGGGGCUCGGGAGCGCGCAGCCAGCCCUUCCGCGAGGACGCGCGCGCCCCUGCCGGGCUCGGAGUUUCCGGCGCUCCCGCCGCGGCGAAAAGCCAAUCAGCGCGCGGCGAGGAGGCAGCCCACUUCCUGGUCCGCGGGAGCGCGCGCGGCCGUCACUUCGGGUUGGUCCGCGGCGCGACUCGCAGAAUCCCGAGUGCGUGCAGGUCCCUGGGCGCGGAGAGCGAAGUCGGGCGCUUCGGGGGCGCCUGCUGGUCGGGCGUGGCGGACUCUCGGUGCGUGGUCUUAAGGAUCCAGCACCCUCUGGAAGCGACAUGUCGAAGCCGCCGCCCAAACCGGUCAAGCCAGGACAAGUUAAAGUGUUCAGAGCUUUGUAUACAUUUGAACCCAGAACUCCAGAUGAAUUAUACUUUGAAGAAGGUGAUAUUAUCUACAUUACUGACAUGAGUGAUACCAACUGGUGGAAAGGUACUUCCAAGGGCAGAACUGGAUUAAUCCCAAGCAACUAUGUGGCUGAGCAGGCAGAAUCGAUUGACAAUCCUCUGCAUGAAGCUGCAAAAAGAGGCAACUUGAGUUGGUUACGAGAAUGUUUGGACAACCGAGUCGGUGUUAAUGGCUUAGACAAAGCUGGGAGUACUGCCUUAUACUGGGCUUGUCAUGGAGGCCACAAAGAUAUAGUGGAAGUGCUAUUUACUCAACCAAAUAUUGAAUUGAACCAGCAGAAUAAGUUGGGAGACACAGCUUUGCAUGCAGCUGCCUGGAAGGGUUAUGCAGAUAUUGUCCAAUUGCUCCUAGCAAAAGGUGCUAGGACAGACUUAAGAAACAAUGAGAAGAAACUGGCUCUGGAUAUGGCAACUAACGCUGCCUGUGCAUCUCUCCUGAAGAAGAAGCAAGGCACAGAUUCAGUUCGGACAUUAAGCAAUGCCGAGGACUAUCUUGAUGAUGAAGACUCCGACUGAUUCCCUGCCAGAGCUUGGAGACCUAAAAUUUCUAUUGCUUUGCCUUUCCAAACCAUGUCUUUUGGCAUAAGAAUGUUGAUAAAUUAAAAAAAAGUAUUAUAUAUGGAUGGUUGUAUUUCUCUGUGUUUGAAUGAAUUGGUAAAUGCAUUAGUUUUGGUGCUUGAUUAGUGAAUGGUGACUUUGCAAUCUGAAGAAUAAACGAGAAAAGAUAAUGGUUACUUAUGGUAAAGAAGAUUUAGGAAUAUUUUCUUUUACAUCUUUUCUUUUAAAAAUGAGGAUAGGUUUUUAGUUAAAAUUCUUUACCUCAAGACUUGAAUGGAUUUUUUUCAAGUUAAGAAAUGCUUAUUUUAACAGUGAACCAAAACUUAACAGAAAAUUGUCAGCUACUCCUAUAAAAAUAAACAUUUUAAGAGAUUUUUUGUAUGCUUUUGCUUUGUUGGUUUUUAUCAUCCUUUGCUGAUAAUAAAGAUUUUUGUUAUU